AUGUGGACGUUGCAUGGUGAUUUUUUGAAAAUGGUUGAAUCAUCUUGGAGAGAACAUAUAGUGGUGGAUUCAGGGUUUAGUAAAUUGGCUGGUAAAUUGAAAAAGCUAAAACAAAAGCUUAGGGUGUGGAAUAAACAGACUUUUAGUCGUGUUGGUGGUAUCAUACAAGAGUUGGAAGAAAGGGUGGAAAAAUAUGAGAAUGUACUGCAAACAGAGUACUCAGAAUCAAUUGAAGAAGAGUUCUUUUUUUCUAAGGCUGAAUUGGAGGUCUGGUAUAGAAGGGAAGAGAUAAGGCUAGCGCAACAAGCAAAGAAGAAAUGGCUAACUGAUGGUGACCAAAAUUCAAAGUUCUUCCAUGCGAUGAUUGCGCAAAGAAGGCGUAACUCUUGUGUGAAUUCAAUGGAGCUUCCUGAUGGUUCGGUGCUGGGAAAUAUACAGAUAGUUCAUGAUGAGGCUGUGAAUUAUUUUGAGCAAUUCUUGGGGCAGAAUAGUUUAGUGCAAAUGCCAAAUCUGGAUAGUAUUAUCCAAUCGGUGGUUUUUGAGGAUUCUAUAAGACAGCUGAAGGAAGAACCGACGGAGGAGGAGGUAUAUGUAGCUAUUUCUUCUAUUUUUAUGGACAGUAGCCCGGGACCGGAUGGUUUUGGGUCUUCUUUCUAUCUUACCUGCUGGAAGAUUAUUAAAAAUGAUGUGAUGGAAGCGGUAAGGGCGUUUCUUCAAAGGUGA